AUGCUCCAGAAGGGCUGCGCUGACCCAGAGAUCUACAAGUACACCCACCAGUUGAACCACCCUCUACCGGUGGCGGAAAUGCGCUCAGCCACGGAGGUUUGGCUUCCCCGAUGGAGAGACUUAGCGGCGUCUGUGGUCGUUCCAGUGAUGAUUGGAUUUGCAGGUGACGAUCUAAUGUGGAAAAGCACCGAGGAGCAUCUACAGGAAUUCUCAGGUGCCUUUCUGCGGAGCGAACGAGUGGAUGGCUGCAUCAUCACAGGGGCGCCACACAACAUGGAAAUGAGCUAUUGGGCCACGGGAUGGUAUGCUCGAUGCUUUGGGUUCGCGCUGGAGUGUGCAGCUAGGUUCGAGCAGAAGAAAUGUUUAUCUCAGGUUUGA